AUGGCUUACCAGACACUAUUGCAAGAAUAUAUGCUUGUACCUCCAGUUACAAGAGCAUACACAACAGCGUGUGUAAUAACAACACUGGCAGUGCAAUUAGAUCUGGUUUCUCCAUUCCAGCUUUAUUUUAAUCCAAUAGUUAUUUUGAGAAAGUAUCAAUUAUGGAGAUUGAUAACAACCUUCCUUUUCUUUGGGAACUUAGGUUUCAAUUUCUUCUUCAAUAUGAUAUUUACAUAUAGAUAUUGUAGAAUGCUGGAGGAGGGAUCGUUUCGUGGUAGAACAGCAGAUUUUGUUGUUAUGUUUAUGUUUGGUGGAAUUUUGAUGAUAAUUUGUGCUUUCUUUGUUAAUUUACUAUUUCUAGGACAAGCUUUUACUAUCAUGAUUGUGUAUGUUUGGUCGCGACGGAAUAAACAUGUACGGAUGAACUUUUUUGGACUAAUGAACUUUCAGGCGCCAUACUUGCCAUGGGUACUUCUUGGAUUCUCAGUUUUACUAGGAAAUUCAAUAUCAGUGGAUCUAGUUGGUAUGGCUAUUGGUCAUAUUUAUUUCUUCCUAGAGGAUGUUCUGCCACGUCAAAGGGGAGGACAGAAAAUCUUAAAAACACCUAAAAUAUUGAAGAGGUUGUUUGAUCCACUACCUGAAGAACCAGAAUAUGUACCGUUGCCAGAAGUUGAAAAUGAGUUAGCCAAUGUGCGGCCAGGGGGCUUCGACUGGCGACAACCGCACCCAAAUAAUAAUGAAAAUAGAUAA